AUGGCCGGAAACAAUGGCUUCAUGACCGUGGUGGCCGGAAGCAAUGGCCUAGCGAUCAAGGUGGCCGGAAGCGAUGGCUUCAUGGCUGGAUUACCUGCCCUCCUCGACAGCGGCGACUUCAUGACGAAUGUCACGAGCUCUACAACAGAAGAAGUUGAUGUCAAGUACUACCUGAGCCUUGUCGAGAAAAUCCUCGACCAAGCCAUGGACAUUGCCGAUGAUAUCGCUAACGGCGGUUGGGCAAAGGGUAACCAAGGCCAGACCAAAAGCUUGACCUUGCCUUCCAUAGGAACUUCUGUUCCUUUGUCACCAACUAUUAACGAACUGUACGAUCAGAUUAAGGCCUUGCAAACCAACAGUGCGCAGCAAACAAUGGAGUCGCUUUCGGUCAAGCUGUCAUCCUUUUCAUGGGAUGCUAAGGCUGUGCUGACAUUGUUAGCUUUAUCGGUGUACUAUCUGGAGAACUGCCGUCGCGCUCAAAUUCAAGCAUCAGACAACCUUUUAUGCCUAAUGGCCACGUUGAGAGGGGAAACCCCAGCUGGUAUGACCAAUGCUUUUGUUGCCCUUAAUGAUCUGAUCAAGGAGACUCUGGAGUUCACCAAGCGCAUUGUUGAGUUUGUGAGCUACUCUAAAGAUUCCGGAGAAUUUUCAGCACCGAUCAACAUAUCAGCCAAUUUUUAUUACGUCAUCGUCAUUGUACUCGGCUGCUCAGUUCUGUUCGGUCGCAUGAUUAGCAAGAGCAACGAGUAUCCAGAUCUGUCGAGCUUCUCAGACAUGGUCAACAAGAUAUGUCAAUCCUUCAAUAAUCAAGUAGAGGAUUUCAAGCAAAUGGAGGAGGAACACUUAUAUCAGAAGAUUGAGGAAGUUUCCAAUUCUUGUGAUGAUAUUGUGGAGCUUUUGACCGAACUGUUUUGCACCAAGAACGGUUCGUCCGCAGUUUAUCAAGGCUCCAAGAGGACAAUGGUAAAGGUGGAGGAGUUGAAGAACAAGAGCGUGAUGCUGCUCAUUUCCGACUUGAACUUGUCGAAUGACGAUCUAGCCACCCUUAGCAGCAUCUACAAUGCAAGCACCUUCAAAAAUUAUGAAAUUAUAUGGGUUCCUGUCCCGGAGGCAUAUAAUGAGACGAUGCAGAAGCAGUUCCUAGACAUGAGAUCUCGGAUGCAGUGGUACACAUGCACCUCCAUGGUCAGCAUGGCGGCAGCAAAGUUCAUCCAGGAGAAGUGGCAAUUUAGGCAGCAGACGAAAGUUGUCCUGCUGAACCAAAAGGGGAAGGUGGUGAACAUGGACGCGAUGACAAUGAUACGCCUUUGGGGAUGGAAAGCCUUCCCGUUCACGGAGAAAAAGGACUACGAGCUCUGGAACACGCAAGGGAUCAACUGGCUCGAGCUCGUGGUGAACAAAACGAUCUGUCCUUAUAUCGAACAAUGCUUUGAAAGGAAGGAGCUCCUAGUCUUGUACGACUCAGCUGAAGACUCCAAGACUGUCCAUGAGAUUGAAGAAUACCUGGAGAAGAUCAACGGCUAUUCAGUCUCCCACAUAGCCAUCAGAAUCAGCAAGAGGCGAGAGCAAUUCCUGACCCGCCUCGAGAACUGCAUUUCCUUGAAGAUGCAGGCGAAUCCCGACAUCUACGAUUCCCUGACUCAGGAGCUGCUCGAGCUCUACACCAGCUACAAGAAGCACGGCGGGUUCGCCAUCAUCGCGAGGGGGUCGAGGGUGGUCAUCAAUGCUCGUCUCACAGAUUUCGCAAUGGUGCUGUCGCAGCACCCGACGUGGAUCAAGAGGGUGACUCACACACAGGCUUUCGAGGCCGUCUUCCAAGAGCAUUACAAUCAGGUCAUUGUGAAGCAGCGCUGCCACCAUUUCUACAUCCCCAACAUGGUCGGCAAUGUACCGAAACGCAUCAAGUGCACCGUGUGCUCUCGGGACAUGAAGACCGCCGUCACCUUCGAGUGCUGCCACGGUGCGCAUUGACUAGCCAAUGAGGCCAUCGAGGCCCAAUACCUACGGUCGGCGCUCCAGAAUAAACACGGACUGCUUAGCUCGGUCGC